AUGAAGCUCUCCGCCGCGACUUUGCUUGCUCUAGCAUUCGCCUGCGUUGCCCUCUCCUCUCUGUACAACCACUCUCCUCACCAAUCUGCAUCCUCGAUGGCGCCUGAGAUUCGUUUCAACACCUGGGGCAUCCCAUAUCUCGUCGAGUUCGGCAACGUCGGCUUCCGCCCGCGCCCGCGCCCCGUGUCUCCUGCGCUGAGCCUUAACCCUUCCUACACGACCUGCGGGAGCACCGCCACGCUGCUCAACACCGUCGGCUCCUCUGCGACAGCAUCGUCCGAGACGUUGCAGUGCCUAGAGGGAGACUCCGACGAGAGCAAGGGGCUCUACAUCCGUUUCGCGUCCCACCGUUACCGCCCGCCCCACAAGCUGUCAAACAGUCGGCUCCUGCGUCUGAAGCACCGCAUCGCGAAGGCCGUGAUGGCGGCGGGGAUGGAUUCGUCCCCGGCAGGGGAGAAGGAAGACCCGAUACGCGUGCACCAACUCUCGCGGGCGUCAUAUGGUAGUAUACAGUCGACCGACUCUCUGCCCGAACAGGGGUCGGGAUCUCUCUUCCGAGGCACGUACGGGCAGGUCAUGUCGGCACUGCAAUCUGUCGGUUUAGUUACGACACCUUGCAAGGAAUCUGGUGUCGACGAGGGGCAGACGAUGACGAACUCCAAUGCCCUAAAUUAUCAAUAUUGCAAGAUAUUUAUUGUCGCAGGGACGGUUCCCCCCUUGUCGGGCAAUGCCGCAUUCGCUACCCUUGGCAUUGUGCCUGGGGACUUGAGCGCGGACUCUACUUUUCUGUAUGUAGUGUCUGAGCCACCCUUCCUGAGAGUCGGCCCAAAUCGUCCAGACAUCCCUCUUGGGAAAAUGCCCGGGUUGUAUGAGGCCUCGCACCAAUUUCAGGCACCUUCCCGCUCUAGCUUUGUUGUUCUGUCUGCAGAUUCAGUCAUGGUGGGCACAGACCUUCACCUGAAUAACACGAUGGGGUGCGCCUUCGUAGGAGUCCUCUUUGCCGUGACGGAAUAUCCUAAGGAUAAGCUUUUCUUGAAGAUCCUGCACCAGUUUAUGUGGUACUGGUUAGUUACGAACCACGGAAACCCUGUCAAUCUUGCCAUUCUCCCAAACACGUUCACGGCGUUAACCAUCGCGGUCGUGCAAAUGACGAUAUACGCAGUGCUCACAGGCCGGUGGUACCGAACCCCCUACUCGUUGGCUCUGGUCCCUGCUUCCAUACAGACCAUCACAGCGUUUAUAACCGAUAUGAUUAUCACCCUGUCCCUGUGUGCUAUCCUGUGGGGCUCGAAGACGGGCUUCAAGCGGACGGAGACCUUGAUCUCAACGCUCAUCGUCUAUGCCAUCCACCGCGGUAUAUUCACGGGUUUGGUCCAGCUGGCGCAUUUUGCGACGUUCAUCAGCACACUCCAUCAACCUAAGCUCUAUUGGAUGAUCUGGCACGUCCCGGGCAGCAAAAUCUAUGUCAACUCGCUUCUCGCUGUGCUCAACGUCCGUCAUCACAUCAGUGAGGUCGGUAAUGAGAUCGAGACACACAUCUCCGUCGAGCUCGAAGCCGUCAGUCAUCAAAGCCUCACCUACAACCAAACACGGUCGAGACGACUCUCACGCGCAACGGCCUCACACACGCGCAUCAUGCUCACGAAGGAGGUUGUGCGGGACACCGAGGUGAUAACUGAUUCGGAACAGCUGGGUGUCAGUAGAAAGAUGUCGCCAUCACCAUGGUAG